AUGGAUACCGUGGGUUCGGAAUUGAUAGAGGAUGGAUGGUUUCGUGAAAUCAACGAAAAAGGUUUCCCCGGCCAAGGACUGAUGCUAAAAGUUGAAAGGGUGCUUUACCACUCGAGGAGCGAGUUUCAAGACAUCUUGGUAUUCCAAAGCUCGGCAUAUGGUAAUGUUUUGGUGCUCGACGGUAUUGUGCAGGCAACCGAAAGAGACGAAUUUGCGUACCAGGAAAUGAUAACUCACAUUCCGCUGUAUGCACACAAAAAUCCACGUAAGGUGCUAGUGAUCGGCGGUGGUGACGGUGGCGUGCUGCGUGAAGUAGUGAAACACAAAGGUGUCGUAAGUGCGACAUUAGUUGAGAUCGACGAAACUGUGAUCAAAUUAGCGCAAAAAUACCUCCCUGGCAUGGCCUGCUCUUUCAACCAUGCCAAGGUACAGGUUAAGCUGCAAGACGGGUUUGAAUUCCUUCGUAAUGUAGCAGCAUCCGAUGAGCGAUACGACGUUAUUAUUACAGACUCUUCUGAUCCCGAAGGACCAGCAGAGGCAUUUUUCCAGAAGGAGUAUUUCGAGCUGUUACAUAGCGCUCUCAACGACAACGGUAUUGUCAUUGCUCAAGCUUCCGAAAACGUGUGGCUGAAUUUGGAUUAUAUUAGAGAAUUGGUGAAGAGCGCAGGUGCGGUAUUUCCCAGGGCUCAAUACUGCUACACCACAGUCCCAACGUACACGUCAGGCCAACUUGGCUUAAUCGUUUGUGCUAAGAACAAAAAAAGUGAUCUAGAGCAUGCUAUUAGAGAGCCAACUAUCGAAGAGCAGUCUCAGAUGCGGUACUACAACACCGCAAUCCACUCAGCGUCCUUUAUACUUCCUACUUGGGCGUAUCAUAGAAUUUAUAAAUCAACUUAG